UAAAGACUGUUGCAGCCAAGAAGACAAAACAGGUUAGUCCAUAGCGCACCAAAACACAUUGUUAUAAAUGCUUGUCUGCCGGCACUAGCACACUCAGAAGAAACUCCCGAAAGGAAGUAUCGAAAAUGAAGCUAACCUCAGCGUUCCUGUUUUUGUGGCUGGUGAUGCUGUUUGAGUGCCAGGGCCGGACAGUGUCCAGGUGCGAGCUGCGCGACAAGCUGCGGGAGCGAAUCACCCUCACAGAGAGCACAAAGAACUUCACCGACGUUGUCCUAGCAAUGCUUGUUUGCCACAUCGAAAGGCUCUCUAAAUUAGAAACCAGCACUGUACACAUCUGUGGUCACCGUGCCACCCCCACCACCACCACAGGCUCCACGACAGCAGCAAAUGAAAUCAACCUAAGCAACGAAACAGUCAGCUCUACCAAGAACCCCAAUAAUAAUGAGACGAGCAGUGAUGGCGGCCAAGAUGAGGUAGAAGAGGAAGAAGGAAUGGAAGAGGUAGAACCUUCAGUUGAAGAACAGGAAGAACCUUCAGCUGAUGGAGAGGAGGAAGAAGAUGACCAACCUUUACCUGAGGAAGAACCAUUUGACCAGUUUUGUGGUGAAGUUUAUGACGAGGAAGGCGAAUACUUUUACCAUGAAAAGGAAUACAAUGUCCGACUGGACAACUGGAGGAAGUUGAUGGAGAUGCUGAAUGAACAAGAGAACGAUUUUGACGAAGAUAAGCUGAAUGAGGCUGAUGAUAAAUUCAGCGCCGAUGAUAACGACAACGUUGAACACCCGAAUUUUGUCAAGGAAUGGUCGGUGGGCUACCAUGGCCUCUUCCAGCUCUCAGACAGCUACUUCUGCCAGUCACCGGCUCGAUACAGUGCGAACAACUGUACGAGCAACUGCAGCGCGUUCACCGAUGAUGACAUCACAGACGACCUGGAUUGCUUCAUCGACAGUGGUUACUGGCUGUGCGCGCUGAGGUCAGUGGGAUUCAAAUGCUACCAAGAGCCCGACGACUUCUUCAGCAAAUGCAACUAAGUCUUCAUCUGCUACUCUCUUACUUAAUUAAUGAGAAAAACAAAUUACAAAUGCUGCCUUUCCCAAUUCAUACUAGUCUUUGAGCUCAGUAUUAUCUUGAUAAAACUGACGCUACAAUGUAUGUUGUCUGCUUGAUUUGUGCUCAACGACCCACGUGACAUCAGUCGCCGUCGCAAAGCACCCUUUGAAAACUUGUUUAAUCUGUCAAAAUGAAUCAUUAAAGUCACUCUU